CACGGCUUCCACUACAGUCUGAGCCUCAGAAGGGAAGAAGAAUGAGAGCUGGUUCUUCCCUUGACCUGUUCAGAUUUCUCCAUAACAUUACCGUUCCAGCACCAUGACAUAAACGCGUCCAUCUCCAGACACAUGAUUUUCAAAACCGCAGAUUAAGUGCUAAACCAUCAUCACGAAAUCCACUUCAUGUUGUAAUCAGCUUGCUUGCCACGGCCCUCUCCUGAGAAAGAGAUUAUGCAAUCAGUAGUAACAAAUGCUGGGCAUUCUAGGAAGGAAGCAUCCCACAGGUUGUGGGUCAAUCACAAGCUGUUGGAGGGAGGUAAUUGAGAAGACAUGACCACUGGUUGACCCUCGAGCUGGACAUAGGCAACUAGAGGCUUCUCGCCCCCUCCCCUGUCCUCGGAAUGCAUGUUUUGUCCACUGUUCCUGCACUUGGAGCCAUUUCAAGGAUGCAGCCUUGUGAGAAUAAUGUGUUGUUGAGACCAUCUGGACUGGUUAUGUGGGCUGGACCCUGCUGAGGCCUCUACAGAAACUUUAAGAUUCUGGCAGUGUGAGUGAAGAUAUCCGGGAUGGCUCAGGGAUCUGGGGAUCAAAGAGCAGUGGGAAUCGCUGACCCAGAGGAGAGUUCUCCAAAUAUGAUAGUCUACCGAAAAAUUGAAGACAUAAUUACAAAGAUGCAAGAUGACAAGACAGGUGGUGUGCCCAUCAGAACGGUCAAGAGCUUUCUCUCCAAAAUUCCCAGUGUUGUCACAGGUACUGACAUCGUGCAGUGGCUUAUGAAGAACCUUUGCAUCGAGGACCCAGUUGAAGCAAUACACUUGGGAAGCCUUAUAGCCGCCCAGGGCUACAUCUUUCCGAUCUCAGACCACGUUCUCACCAUGAAGGAUGAUGGCACCUUUUACCGUUUCCAGGCCCCGUACUUUUGGCCUUCGAACUGCUGGGAGCCUGAAAACACCGACUAUGCCAUCUAUCUCUGUAAGAGGACAAUGCAGAAUAAAGCAAGGCUGGAAUUGGCAGAUUAUGAAGCAGAAAACUUAGCAAGACUCCAGAGGGCCUUUGCAAGGAAGUGGGAAUUCAUCUUUAUGCAAGCAGAAGCACAAGUGAAGAUAGAUCGGAAAAAGGACAAGACGGAAAGGAAAAUUUUGGAUAGUCAAGAACGGGCCUUUUGGGAUGUGCACAGGCCAGUGCCAGGGUGUGUGAACACAACAGAAAUGGAUAUCAGAAAAUGCCGGCGUCUGAAGAACCCACAAAAGGUUAAAAAGUCAGUGUAUGGCGUGACUGAAGAGUCCCAGUCGCAAAGCCCCGUGCACAUACCCAGUCAGCCAAUCAGGAAAACUACAAAAGAGGACAUCCGGAAACAGAUAACAUUUUUGAAUGCACAGAUUGACAGACAUUGUUUAAAAAUGUCCAAAGUGGCUGAAAGCUUAAUUGCUUACACGGAACAGUAUGUGGAAUAUGAUCCUUUGGUCACGCCGGCUGAGCCCUCCAAUCCCUGGAUCAGCGACGAUAUCACUUUAUGGGACAUAGAGAUGAGCAAAGAACCCAGCCAGCAGCGAGUCAAGAGAUGGGGCUUCUCUUUCGACGAGGUAUUGAAGGACCAGGUGGGGCGGGACCAGUUCCGGAGAUUCCUGGAGUCCGAGUUCAGCUCAGAAAACCUCAGGUUCUGGUUGGCUGUCCAAGAUCUCAAGAAACAACCCCUCCAGGAUGUGGCCAAGAGGGUAGAAGAAAUCUGGCAAGAGUUUCUGGCUCCAGGGGCCCCAAGUGCAAUCAACCUGGACUCUCACAGCUAUGAGAUAACCAGUCAAAACGUCAAAGAUGGAGGGAGAUACACAUUCGAAGAUGCCCAGGAACACAUCUACAAGUUGAUGAAGAGUGACAGCUAUGCCCGCUUCCUCCGGUCAAACGCUUACCAGGACCUCCUGCUGGCCAAGAAGAAGCCAGAAAGUGAGCAAGGUCGUAGAACUUCCUUAGAAAAGUUCACUCGCAGUGUGGGAAAGUCGCUGGCGGGCAAGCGCCUCACCGGCCUGAUGCAGUCCUCCUGACGGUUCCCGCCGCAGGGCCCGGGCCCGACGACCCCACGGGCAGGCGGCGGCGCUCCACCUCCGCGGACAGAGUCUCCCUACGGGGAGACCUGGUCACUGUGAAAGAGAAGGAGUGAGGGCGAGGACGGGCGGCAGAGGGGGGCCCCGGUGGGUGACCGGGGACACCAGAGAGAACAGGCCCACAGAGCCCGGGGUCGGCCCUGUUUACAACCCUCUCUUCCUUGUACAGUUGUGCGCCGACACCCCGUUCCCGAGGAGGUCCCGGGCCCUAACUCGUUCGGAGCACACCACCUCGUGGGGCUCCUGUCGUGACCACCACUUGAGAUUCUAAUCUUGUUCCCGCCACUCUUCCCUCUGUCUGGGGGAUCACGCCUUCCGGCACACGCGAGAGGGACCGGCUGGCCCCGAGCACAUCCAGUGUUACGCCCCGCCUCCCCCUCCCCCCCCCCCGUCUGGCUCUGGGGCACCCACCACACCCCCGUAGUGAUGGCCACUGUGUCCCGACGGCCCCCUGCCUCGCCCCGAGUCUAUGUAAGGCCCCCCCGCGCCACACGUCCCCGUCGUGGCGACCGUGCUGAGCAACCUCGCGGAUUGCCUCAGUUCUGCCAGCGCCCUGGAGGCCGGCUUUCCAAGAGGUCCCCACGGGCGCAGGGCUGCCCUCUGGUCCUGUCACAUGCCUCAAGGGUCCCACACCAGAGGAAGCACCGGCGUCCCUGAAAGAGCUUGUAGCUUGACAGCGGUGGAGGUUCUGACCAUCUUUUAAAACAUUUAUUACUUCCUAACUCAUUCUGUUUUUGCCCCCUUCUCCUUGGCUUGUUCCCUCGUGUUUUACUCAAAAUAAACAUGGCCAUGAACGCAGGGGCCCCUGGGAUCCUCCCCUCCGGCAGCCCCGGUGGAAGCUGGGAGAGUUCCCGGCCCCGGGGUUGGGGGGAGGUGGCUGAGUCGUCCCGCUGGCUGCUGGGGCCCACCCUGUGGCAUCCUGAUGGGCCCCUGGCUGGGCCAGGUCUCAGUUGUGUCUGGAGUUGGGGCUGAACCUGCGACAGAGGGCCUAGGCCAGAGCCAGAUGCUUCUCGGACAGCCCAGCAAAGGCAAGGCGAAACAGAGUUGGUCCUCAAGGGAAAAAAGCAGACACAAAGCAAAACCUGCAAAAAAAACCCACUUGUGCUCCCUUCAUGUGUAUGUCAAAAUGACUAUCUGCCAAUUGGCCGUGAGGUAAUAUAUGUAACACACUGAAUCAGGUGCCUGGCGCGUAGUAGGUGCUCAGCAAAUGGUAGCUAUUACUCUCCUCAUUGUCACUGUCACCAUUGUGACGCCCGUGAGCCCUCUGACGGAGCGGUAUUAAGCAACAUGUUUUUGAACUCGGACACUCACUUCACCUGCUAGAACUAGCCUCCUUCGAUCUAUUUUUGGCCAUAGGUGAAAAUUUUCUCUGGGGAGUGUAUAAACAGCAAACAUAGAAGCAAAAAAAAAAAA